AAUCAUCAUCUUUUCCUGAUUUUGACCAUUUCUCGGUGAUCUUUAAAUCGCCAAAAUUGGAAACCCAAUCGGGAAAUUAUAAACUCAAAAUUCAUUCCCACUGAUCGGAAUCGUCGAAAAAUGGAUCUCAUCCAGGUGAAGAAGGAAUCAGGCGGGAUCGCCAUCAUCACAAUCAACCGUCCAAAAUCCCUCAAUUCGCUUACGAGAGCGAUGAUGGUUGAUCUCGCGCGUGCAUUCCAGGAGAUGGACACAGACGAAACGGUACAGGUCGUGAUUUUCACCGGAGCGGGUCGAUCUUUCUGCUCCGGCGUCGAUUUGACCGCCGCGGAGUCGGUUUUCAAGGGAGACGUGAAGGAUCCGGAGACCGACCCGGUUGUUCAGAUGGAGCGGUUACGAAAACCGAUCAUCGGAGCAAUCAACGGUUUCGCCAUCACCGCCGGGUUCGAGCUCGCCUUGGCCUGCGAUAUUCUGGUCGCUUCCAGAGGAGCUAAGUUCAUGGAUACUCACGCCAGGUUUGGGAUAUUUCCUUCUUGGGGCUUAUCUCAGAAGCUGUCGAGGAUCAUCGGAGCAAACAAAGCUCGGGAAGUUUCAUUGACCUCGAUGCCAUUGACAGCUGACGUGGCUGAGAAGUUAGGGUUUGUAAACCAUGUGGUUGAAGAAGGAGAAGCCUUGAAGAAAGCCAGAGAAAUAGCAGAGGCUAUCAUCAAGAAUGAGCAAGGCAUGGUUCUUCGGAUUAAAUCCGUCAUCAAUGAUGGACUCAAGCUUGAUCUUGGUCAUGCUCUUACACUCGAAAAGGAGCGAGCUCACGCGUAUUACAAUGGGAUGACAAAGGAACAGUUUAAGAAGAUGCAGGAGUUUAUAGCUGGACGUGGCUCUAAGAAACCUUCUCCCAAGUUAUAGACAAUUUCUAUGGAUCUUAAAGAUAUAGUACUUUUGUACCAGUAUCUUAAUUGACAGUUAAUUAGUCUUCAAUAAUAUGGUUGUUUGUUGUAGAAGUGUAACGCAAAAUCAAUUAAAAGCUGGUUGGGUA